AUGGCUUAUUCAGAGCCAAGUGCUAAAUGCUCUUAUGAAAUAGAUUUUAAAUGGAUUGAAUACCCUCAUGGAGCUUUUCACGAUUGUAUUGGCGGUGAUAUGCAGACAGUCUUCCCAAAUAAGGCAGCAAAUGAUAUAAUAUUCUUUUUCUUCCAUUGUCAUAUAAAUAAAAUUUUUGUAGAUUGGCGUCUAACUAGACAAACCCGUUCCCAACGGGAAAAUGUUUAUCCAGCCGAUCUUGCUGAUUGUGAAAACCCCGCACACUUUAGAAAUGCGACGAUGUCACAAUUUGCUCCGUUUAAAAAUAUCGAUGGACUUAAAAAUGAUUAUACUGACAAUAUGUACGAAUACGUAGAUAAACCUAAUUGUACUGCUACUACAGACUGUGGCUCUAGAUUUUUGUUCUGUGAUCGUUCUACUGAUGCUCCUCGUUGUCUUUCGAAGGUCCGUCCUGGCGGAAAUUGCAAAGGUUUCCCUAACGCUGAUAUUUGCUACAAUAGCACGUGUGUUAAUGAUGUUUGUGUAGUGUUAUCGACAAAAGCAGCUACAAUAACAGCAACUUCUACAGUGAAAAUGACUGAGAAACCAUCCACUUUAACACCUAAAAUUACAGAGGUGCCAACUACUAAAGCAGCAAGGUUGACAGAGAAACCAACUACAACAACUCCGAAAGUUACGGAGGAACCAAGCUCUACAGUGAGGUUGACAGAAAAGCCGAUUACUACGACUCGAAUGGUGGCAGAGAACCCAACUACUACUACGCCAAAAACGAUGGAGGAAACCACAACACCCAAAAAACAAACUCCAAGCACUCAACCUUCAACAAAAAAGAUUCAAGAGAAACCAACCACAACUGUAAAAACACCAGAAAUUAAAACCACAACGAAAAAGUUGCCUAUGACUACAAUUGAGAUUGUAGAAUUUACGACAGAAUCUAUAACAACGGAAGCAGCCACAACAACAGAAUCAAUUAAGGAGUCCACCACAACUGAAGAACCUUUAGAAGAAACAACUAUAACAUCGUUAACUCCCGAGGAGGAAACGACACCAGAACUGAUAGAAACUACUACAAAUGAGAUUCCAGAAGAAACUACAACAAUGAUUACAACAAUAAGACCGACAAAACCUCAAAAGAAGCUCACAACUAUAAUAACAACCAAAUUACUAACCAAAACAACAACCAAAAAGCCCAAAACGUCAAAAACCAAAAAACCAAAGAAAGACAAAAAACAUAAGAAACAUCACACAACAGAACAAUUAACUUCUACACCUAUAGCAAAAACAACGAAAAUAACCAAACCGCCAACAACGAUUAAACCAACAAAGCCAACUUCAAUUGUCGAAAAAAUAACAACUAAAAUUAUCGGGACCACAAAAAAAUCGGAAAAAACUACAAAGAAACCUAAAAAAGGAAAAAAGAAAUGUAAAUGUAAAAAGCAAAAUCCUCCAAAAAAUACAAAAGAUAAUAAGAAAAGCAGUGAAGAAAAAAAGAAUGUUAAAAAUUGA